CUGCAGUUCCAGAGACCUUUCUAACUCCUCCCCUCACCACACCCCACCGAAAUCUGGCAGGGGGUAGAUAGUGGUGAAUGAGGAGGGGUCAUACAGGGCAGUCCACAUUUCUGUGCACCGAGUCAGAGGACUGUGCAGACGGAGCCUGUGAGACGACCCCAUCACCUGAGAGAGAACCUGACAGUCAUGGACAGUCUCCUGAUGAAGAGGAAACUUUUCCUCUACAACUUCAAGAACCUGCGCUGGGCCAAGGGCCGUCGUGAAACCUACCUCUGUUAUGUUGUGAAGCGCCGUGACAGUGCCACAUCGUGCUCCCUGGACUUUGGGUACCUGCGUAACAAGAUGGGCUGCCACGUGGAGGUUCUCUUCCUACGCUACAUCUCAGCCUGGGACUUGGACCCAGGCCGCUGCUACCGCAUCACCUGGUUCACCUCCUGGAGCCCCUGUUAUGACUGCGCCCGACACGUGGCUGACUUCCUGCGCGCCUACCCCAACCUGACCCUGCGCAUCUUCACUGCCCGCCUCUACUUCUGUGAGGACCGCAAGGCAGAGCCCGAGGGGCUACGGCGCCUGCAUCGGGCUGGGGCCCAAAUCGCCAUCAUGACCUUCAAAGAUUACUUCUACUGCUGGAACACAUUUGUGGAGAACAGGGAAAAGACCUUCAAAGCCUGGGAAGGACUGCAUGAAAACGCUGUCCAUCUGUCCAGGAAACUCCGAAGGAUCCUCCUGCCACUGUAUGAAGUAGAUGAUUUACGAGAUGCCUUUAAAACUCUGGGACUUUGAAGCGAAAGUCAUCAGCAAUCAGAAGACUACAACAAACACUCGAUCUUUGAUUUUUCAACUCUUCCUUCACAACAUGUCUUUCUCUUCUUCCCUCUUUCCAUCUCUCUUCCUUCCAGCCCUGUGUCCAGAGAUAAGACUAUCCUUACUUUUUCAUUUCAAAGGAAAAUUAGGCUGAUCUUCUGAAGACACAUUCCCUGAGAUUCACACCUCAUCCAUUGCUAGCUGGGAAUAUCCGGGACUGCAGUGACAUUGCCAGGGAGUUAUUUGCCCUUCCUUGGUCCCUUUAGAGCUAAUUCAGUGGCCCACUAUAUUGAGUUUUGGGUUUGGCUGCAAAGCUCUUUGUGUGACUGUGUUCACUGGCAUCACACUGAUCUGCAAAAAUCACCAGGGCUUUGGGGAGCGUGUCUUUGCUCUUAGAGGUGCACUACACUGAGCUGCUCUGUAUAUGUCCUCCCUUGUGAACUGGUUUAUUUAUCCUUCUGGAUGUGGAUAGGAAUGUGAAAACCAUCAGCAUUUAAGUGGUAUAGCCUACACCCGAACAGCCAAAUUGGCCAGUUAUUGGGAAGCUCCACUGAGGGUAUUGAACCAAGUCCUGGACAGCUCAGGCAGCUGAGCUUGAAAACCUUGCUUGAAGCCAGCAGAUCUUAUAAGUAGAUUGUGUGCAGACCUGGGUCUUGUAAUGCCUCCUGUCCAGAAAGGAGGGAGCUUCAGUAACUGUGGAUCCAGGUUUUGUGCCCUAUGACACAUUGAAACUAGACAAUAAAAACUUAAAAUGAAAGCAAAAGAUUUGCUAGCCAAAAUUUUCAAGUGUGAGCUACAAUUCUGGAUGCCCAGCAAGAUAUAUCCCACGCA